AUGUCCUACCCAGAUCCCAACCACGGACGAAAUCACACCCACCAGUCAAUACCUCUGCAAGACCUUAAUCGCCCGCCCGACGACUUCGACGAACAUGCGCCACAAGAACAUAGGCGGACCCUCAGCGAUCGCGGACGGAAUCUGCUUAGACAGACAGGCGCGAUAGCAACAGGGGGGCAUUUCCGGGACUCUCAGUACUCGCCCAUCGCAGAGGUGUCGCCCAGCCCUACGCGCUUCGCUCAACGCCCGCAGGUAAACACCAAUUUGGCCCCAGCGAACAAUGGCAUACGGAGGGUGGAGGAGGAAGAGCCUGGCUCGCCCUUGGAUGCAGGCGCAUUCCAGGCUGCUAUCGGAUUUGGCAUGGGCAUGGAAUUCCAAGGCAAUACCUCGCCGCCAAUACCUACACCGGGGUCGUCGCAAUUAUCCUACAUUGAUACCUCGUAUUCGCACGAACCAUACGUGGACAGAUCAACCUCGGAGGACCACGACUACUUCUCCCCCACCUACGACGACACAGCUCGGUUGACGGAUGCGCGCAAUCUCCAACCGAUAAGCGGGGCCGCAGCUCCAACUACUCCGAUUGAGCAAGACCGAUCCAGUUUCCAGAGUGUGCGCUUCCUCAGUCCAGGCGAUGCAUCGCCGACAGCCCGGCAUGGCGACGAUAUUGGGCAGGCGGAGGCGGGCAACUUGCGAGACUCAAGAGGAAGGAAGCGUUCGUUAUCGCCUGGCAAUUUCGAGUCGCCUUUACACAGGGCUGGGACUAUCAUGCGGAAUAUGUCCCAGCGUGUUGUCAAUGUCAGCAACGAUUCCCAAGUCGCCGAGCGAACCCUACAACGGAAAUCCACCACACACCAAGGACGCCUUGCACCUCCUCUGUCAAUUCCAACAUUGCCCGAAUAUUCCACGGAUGGUCCUACCUCACCCGUUCCAUCCACGCCAAUUGAGAAGCCCCCAUCACCUGUGGUUUACUCCAGAACACCAAGCGCAUCAUGGCAACAUCCUCCAAAUCCUUUGCGAGGGAAGAGCCUGGGAAUUUUCCCAGCCGACAGCAAACUGAGAAUCAAGCUUUGCGACCUGCUUGUGCAUUCAGUCACCGAGCCACUGCUUCUCGUGCUCAUCGUCAUCCAGACGAUUCUUCUAGCAGUAGAUGCGCGUACCAAAGCGCAAUACAAUGCCGGGCAUAGCAAAGAGAUCUCGACAUUCAACGGUAUUGACUACGCUCUGAUGUGCCUUUUCAUCAUAUACACAUUAGAGGUUAUUGUCCGCAUAAUUGUAUCUGGUUUCAUCAUCAACCCCGUCGAGUACAGUACCAUCAAUCGACAGGUUGGCCUACGUGAGGCUGUCAUAAGCAAAGCAAACCAGUUAUUUGGGGGUCUUCAACGGCAGCCUUCACAGCGGCGAAGUGGCACCAACAGCGACCCCACUCAGGAUCCUCACCAGCCUUCAGUGCUUCGGACCUUCACAACUGCACAGAUGCACACCGACAUUGGGGUAGGCGAUGCACGUCAGCAACAACGUGCUCGCUUAGCACAUCGAGCCUAUCUCAGACAUUCUUUCAACCGAACCGACUUCAUUGCCGUCGUUUCGUACUGGAUCGCUUUUGUCCUAGGCUUGUGGAACAUCGAUAAUAGCCGGGUCAUUCUCGUCUUCGAUAUGUUGAGCUGUUUGCGCAUCAUUCGUCUUCUGAACCUUACCAGCGGUACCUCCGUCAUUCUCAGGAGUUUGAAGAAGGCUGCGCCUUUGCUAGUCAAUGUUGCAUUCCUUAUCGGCUUUUUCUGGCUUCUCUUCUCGAUUGUCGGUGUCCAGAGUUUCAAAUCAAGUCUCAGGAGAAACUGUGUGUGGAUAGAUCCAGCGACACAAGAAAGAUUUCCCAACGACAACCAGUUUUGUGGUGGUCACUUGCAGAACAUCGAAGGCCACCAUCCCACAGGAUACAUCCCUGCUCCGGGUAUGCCACCUGGACCUGAUAACGGUAAAGGUUUCCUUUGCCCGAAGGGUUCCAUCUGUGUUGAGGGCGAUAAUCCCUCUGCAGGCACGAAAAGUUUCGACAACAUUCUUCAAUCCCUUGAGCUUGUUUUCGUCAUCAUGUCGUCCAACACUUGGUCUGACUUGCUCUACACUGUAGCCGACACAGACUACCUGAUCAGUUCACUCUUCUUCAUUGUAGGAAUGCUGAUUCUGAGUUUGUGGCUCAUAUCUCUUUUGAUCGCUGUCAUUACCUCCUCCUUCCAGAUCAUCCGCGAAGAAAGCAAGACUAGCGCUUUCACUGGCGUGGAGAUCAAAGAGGAAGAUGCCGAGAACAGCGACGAGAAGAAACGCGUCAGCGGUCUCAAACGUCUUUACGACAAGACUCUGUGGGUAUGGGUGUUUGUGAUAGCUUUUGGCCUUGUUGCCCAAAUGAUGAGAAGCGCCAACAUGAGCGACUUUCGCCGCACUUUCAUCAAUGCCACAGAGAUCAUCGUCACAUUCAUCCUAUUCGUUGAGAUCAUCGUACGAAUUAUUGUCGACUGGAGACAUUUCUUCAAGGGCAGGCGGAAUAUUAUCGACCUCAUGAUCGCUGUCAUCACAGUCAUCAUACAAAUACCAGCCAUCAAGCAUGCACACGAUGGAAAAGCCUACGCUUGGUUAUCGAUCUUUCAGAUUCUUCGUGUCUAUCGCGUUGUCUUGGCUGUGCCGAUGACACGCGACCUCAUUAUGGUCGUUUUCGGAAACGCGGGCGGUCUACUGAACCUGAUUCUCUUUGUGUUCCUUUUGACUUUUCUGGCAUCCAUCUUUGCCUCUCAGCUGUUCCGUGGUGAGAUUCCUGAGCAAGAUGACGGAGAGACGAUCCGCGUGCCGUUUUUCGACAUCUACAACUCCUUCCUAGGAAUGUAUCAGAUAUUCUCCAGUGAAGAUUGGACCAGUAUCCUGUACAACGUUACCGCUCAUCAGAAGCCGUUCGGUACAGCGUGGAUAGGAGCGUCCUUUUGUAUCAUGUGGUUCAUCUUUGCUAAUUUCAUUGUCUUGAACAUGUUUAUCGCUGUCAUUCAGGAGAACUUCGAUGUUUCCGAGGAUGAGAAGCGUUUACAGCAAGUCAAAGCUUUCCUGCAACAAAAGGAAGACGGUCUUACCUCGGGCACUGGUAAUCUAUCUCUGUCGUCCAUUUUCAAACUUGGACAGGCCCGUCGUAGAGACCCACUCGACUAUGGUUCUGCCGCCACAGAAAUGCUACUCAAAGAUGCGGUUGUUCGUGACUUCCUUGACGAGGGGGAUGGUAAUGAGAGCCCGCAAGAUGAAGAACCUCGGCCUGGCAUUCGUCCAGCCAAGACUAUAGUAGGGUCCGGAACUAUGUCCACGAUCUGGCAACGAUUCCAACGCCGAAUUGUGCACCGGGAAGUCAAUCCUUUCUACGCUCCUCUGGACUUUAGCCGUGCGUAUGAGGACCUAGAUCCUAGAACAAUGGCAAAGGAAGUUGUCUCAGCUACCGAGAGAAGAAAAAAGGCUCAACGCGAGUAUCUGCGGAACCACCCAAACUACAACGUUUCCAUGUUCAUCUUCCGAGUCAGCAACCCGAUACGCAAGCUAUGUCAGAGGAUUGUGGGCCCCGGCCGUGGUGGCGACCGUAUUGAAGGAGUCGCCCCAUCUGUUCCUGUUUGGUAUGCAUUCUCUGCAUUCAUCUACGCUGCCAUUAUCGCCAUGGUACUGUUGGCUUGUAUUACGACGCCACUGUAUCAACGCGAGUACUUCAUGAGCCACGAAUUCAGCGUCAAAAACUGGUUCGUGUGGGUAGACAUGGGCUUCGCUGUCCUUUUCAGUAUUGAGGCGCUUAUCAAGGUGAUCGCCGAUGGCUUUUUUUGGACGCCCAACGCAUACUUUCGCGGCUCUUGGGGUUUCAUCGAUGGUAUUGUAUUGAUCACUCUUUGGAUCAACGUUGGUACAUCGUUCUUGAACGAGGGCCAAGUCACUCGAACCGUAGGCGCCUUCAAAGCAUUGAGGGCUUUGCGUUUGCUCAACAUCAGCGAUAGCGCACGCAAUCACUUCCAUGCGCUCAUCGUUCGCGGUUGGUGGAAGCUCUUCUCAGCUGCUUUUGUGUCAUUGAGCUUGUUGAUCCCCUUUGCCAUCUAUGGUCUGAACCUCUUUGUCGGCCAGCUACAGUCUUGCAACGACAGCGACUUCCCUGGAGGCGCCAGUCUGAGAGAUUGUGUCGGAGAGUACAACAGCAGUCCAUUUAGCUGGGACGUCUUAGCCCCACGCCAAGCUGCCAACCCUUACUACGAUUUCGAUAACUUCGGAGAUGCCCUCUUCAUCUUGUUCCAAAUUGUAUCGCAAGAGGGCUGGACAGACAAUAUGUGGACUGCCAUGAGUAUCACUGGGGUCUAUACUCAGCCAGAGGACAGAGCGUCUCAAGGCAACUCUGUCUACUUCAUCGUCUUCAAUUUGCUCGGCGCUGUUUUCGUCCUGACGUUAUUUGUUUCCGUGUUUAUGCGCAACUAUACGGAACAAACUGGAGUCGCCUUCUUGACGACGGACCAGCGCUCCUGGCUAGAACUGCGGAAGCUCCUUCGUCAAGUCUCUCCCUCCAAACGACCUUCGUCCACCAAGCAACGAGAGAGCUGGGAAGAGUGGUGUUACCGCAGAGCUGUCACUAAAACCGGAUCCUGGCAGAGAACCAUCACUGGCGUUCUGAUACUGCAUCUUCUGCUGCUUUGUUUGGAAUGGUAUCCAGGGUAUGGACCAUGGGAGACUGCUAGGGACUACAUCUUCCUUGCGCUUACCAUCACCUUCAUUGCGAAUGUUGUCAUCCGGAUUAUCGGUCUUUCGUGGCAUCGUUUCCGGAGAAGUGCGUGGGAUGUGUACUCAAUCUUCUCGGUUGCGGGUACUUUCGCUACGUCGAUUCUUGUCUUAGCGAAAGAGGAUGUUAGGAUAUUCGUCCAACUGCACAAGCUCUUCCUCGUAUCCAUCGCUCUUAUGCUUAUCCCUCGGAAUAAUCAGCUCGACCAGCUGUUCAAGACUGCCGCAGCGAGUCUUGCGUCCAUCGCCAACCUUCUUGCCACAUGGUUCGUCCUGUUCUUGGUAUACGCUAUUGCCCUUACACAAACCUUCGGUCUCACCAGGUUUGGCGCCAAUGAAACUGGAAACGUCAACUUCCGGACUGUACCCAAAGCACUCGUUUUCCUUUUUGUAACGAGUGGUGGUGAGGGUUGGAACGAGUUCAUGGAGGACUACGCCAACGUCGACAAACCUUACUGCACGGUGGGCGACAGGUAUUUCAACAGCGACUGCGGCAGCCCCGAAUGGGCGCGAGCUCUAUUCAUCACCUGGAACAUCCUGAGCAUGUAUAUCUUCGUCAACUUGUUUGUUUCGUUGAUAUACGAAAGUUUCAGUUAUGUGUAUCAACGAAGCAGCGGGUUGUCCGUCAUCAGCCGAGAAGAGAUUCGUCGCUUCAAACAAGCUUGGGCAGAGUUUGAUCCUAACGGGACAGGCUACAUCUCAAGAGAUGUGUUUCCAAGGCUCCUGGGUGAACUCUCUGGUGUGUUUGAGAUGCGCAUCUACGAUGGCGAUUUCACCGUCGGUUCCUUGAUCGAAGAGUGUGGAGUAGCACCUCGGAGGGAAUCCAACCUCCCAGUAUCAGGCCGUGAACCGACCAAAGAGAUCGAUCUUGACAAACUGAACCGUCGUCUCGCACAGCUACCAAUCGCGGAAAUACGGCGCAGACGACAACGCAUGAACAUUUUCUAUGAGGAAGUGCUCGUGUCAAGCGACCCUGAUAGGGGCAUCCAGUUCUCUUCCCUGCUGAUGAUCUUGGCUCACCACAAGGUCAUCAACGACAACAAGAGCUUAAGACUAGAGGAGUUCUUGAGGCGCAGAGCUCGCCUACAAAGAGUUCAAGAAGCUGUCCGUCGCAACGUGGUCGUAGGUUUCUUCGACACACUAUACUGGGCACGGCGCUUCCGCCGCGCCAUGGACCAAAAGAAGCAGGGACGUAUGACAGCGAUCCCGCAGUUCACCGUUCCCGAGAUCUUUAUCGACGACGAAGACAUCACAGACGCUCAGCGAGGUCAAUCUUCUGGACCUCCCAGUCCUCUCUUCUCACCCCAAGAUCUCUACGCACCCUCCCCUCGCAACUCGGCUGGCACGUCUACCUCGCCACCAGCCUUCCCUUACGACCGCACCCGAAGCAGGUCCAACUCAAUACAACAAACACCAACAGGUUCACCUACACGGGCAAGUCCACAGCCAUCUCCCUUCUCUCCGUCUGGCGACGAGCAACCAGAAUGGCAGUUUGCGUCGGCACUUAGUCGGCCACCCAGUCCUCUCGAAGUCGAUCCCGGGCAAGCGAAUAGUCGUAGCCGUGGGAAUAGCGCAGUUAGUGCAGCAGAUGUUUUGGAAGUGCUUGAUAACUCGGCAUGGGGUGAAUCGAUUAGGAGGAGUUUCACUCAACGAAGGCGCAGUUAG